ACCUUGGGUCCUUUUGGGGGUGUCCCAGUCCUUGGGGAUCCCUUUGGGAGGGGGGGGCCCUGGGGUGUCCCAGGACCCUCCAUGCCCCCCCUCCUCCCCGCCCCGAGCAGGAUUUGGGGGCAGAGGUCGCAGCUCCCACUGGAACAGGACUGGUCAGUGAUGGAGGGGACAGAGCCGAGUGCGGGGACAGCUGCCCCCCCGGGGGUCUGGCCCCGCUCUGGGCGGCGCUGGAGGGGCUGGUCCAGCGCUGCGUCCCUGUGCAGUGCCGCCCAGCCACCGAUGAGGAGCUGCUGCUGGUGCACAGCCCCUCGUUCGUGGCGCAGCUGGAGCCCCCCGACAGCCCCGGCCUGGGGGGGUCGGGGCCCCGCCGGGCCGUGGGGGCGGCAGUGGCGCUGCUGGAGCAGGUGCUGGGGGGUGCCCUGCGCAAUGGGGUGGCCCUGAUCAGCCCCCAGGACCCCCAGGAUUCCCCCGAGCCCGCGGCCGUGGCCGCCCGGGUGGCCCAGAAACACCUCGGGGUGCAGCGUGUCCUGAUCGUGGAUUGGAGCCCCCAGCCCGGCCGGAGCCUCCCUCGGCUGUUCCAGGAGGAUCCCAGUGUCCUGUACUUCGGGGCUCAGCGGGGCCGGGAGCCGCCCCCCAGCCCUGGCCACGGCCCCGGGGAGGGAUUCAGCGUGGAGCUGCGCUGGGAGCAGGGUCCCGGGGGGUCUCUCGGGUGUCCCCCAGCCCGGUGUCACCGACGGCGAUUACGUGGCCGCUGCCCUCCACGUCCUGCUGCCCAUCGCCUUCCAGAGAUCGAAGAGGAGGAGGAGGAGGAGGAGGAGGAGGAGAAAGAAGAGGAGGAAGAAGCAGAGGCAGAAGCAGGGGAAGAAGAGGAGGAGAACGAGGAUGAGGAUGAAGGAAAGGAGGAGCUGGAGGGGGAUGGGAACCCCCCAGAGACCCCCCCGGAGCCACCGCCAAGAGCCCGAGUGGGGUUGGUCUACGACCCCCGCAUGGAGGAGCACAGGAACACCUGGGACAGCCAGCACCCCGAGUGCCCGCAGCGCCUGUCGCGGGUGCUGCAGCGCCUGCAGGAGCUGGGGCUGGCCCAGCGCUGCCUCCCGCUGCCCUCCCGGCCCGCGACCCCCCGGCAGCUCCACGCCUGCCACACCCGUGCCCACGUGCGGACGCUGUCCCGGACGCCGUCGCUGUCCCCGCGGGAGCUGCGGGCGCUGUCCCAGCGCUACAACAGCCUCUACCUGUGCCCCCAGUCCUACAGCUGUGCCCGCCUGGCCGCGGGCGGGGCCUGCGCCGCUGUGGGGGCCGUGCUGGGGGGCCAGGUGCGCUCGGCGCUGGCCGUGCUGCGUCCCCCCGGCCACCACGCCCGCCCCGGCUCUGCCGGGGGCUUCUGCCUCUUCAACAACGUGGGGGUGGCCGUGCGCCACGCCCAGCGCCUGGCAGGGACCCCCCUCAGGGUGCUGAUCCUAGACUGGGACAUUCACCACGGCAACGGCACCCAGGAGAUCUUCGAAGAGGACCCCAGUGUCCUGUACAUGUCCCUGCACCGCCAUGACGGCUCCUUCUUCCCGGGGGGGGCCGGGGGGUCCCCGAGGCGCCGGGGGAGGGGUCCUGGCACCGGCUUCACCCUGAACGUUGGCUGGGGGGGGCCCCGCGUGGGGGACCCCGAGUACCUGGCGGCCCUGACCCGCCUGGUGCUGCCGGUGGCCUGCCAGUUUGGGCCAGAGCUGGUGCUGGUGUCGGCCGGGUUCGACGCGGGCCGGGGGGACCCCCUGGGGGGGUGCCUGGUGUCCCCCCAGACCUUCGGCCUCAUGACCCAUCUGCUGGGGGGGCUGGCGGGGGGACGGCUCGUGCUUGUGCUUGAGGGCGGGUACAACCUGGCAGUGACGGCAGAGGGGGUGGGGCAGUGCCUGGGGGUCCUGCUUGGGGACCCCCCCACACUGCCCCCCCCCGGGACCCCCCAGCCAGUGGCGCUGAGGGCCCUGAGCCGCACCCUGCGAGCCCAGCGGGGCUCCUGGAGCUGCCUGCAGCUGCCUCGUGUUGAGCCCCCCAAGGAGGGGCACGGCAGCGAUGAUGUCACAUCCACCGCCGAUGACGUCACCGGUUCGCCCCCGCUGGACGCCGCCAUUCGCCGCUUGGGGGCGCUGCAGCUCGGGGACGCGCCGGGGGGCGGGGCCAAAGCUGGCUCGGGGGCGGGGCCUCCGCUGGGCCACGCCCCCGCUGCCGCUGCCGCCCCCUGCUGGGAGGAGGAGGAAGAGCUGGAGGAGGGAGCGCUGUACGCCGUGACGCCCCUCCUGGACUGUCCCCACCUGGGGGCCGUGGCCCCCCCUCCGGCCGAGGGGGCUCUCGGGGACAUCCUGCCCCCCCCCUGCGGGGUCUGCGGGAGCCGCCGCGAGAAUUGGCUGUGCCUGAGCUGCCACCAGGUGCUGUGUGGGCGCUACGUCGGGGGGCACAUGCUGGAACACGGGGGGGCCUCGGGGCACCCCCUGGUGCUGAGCCUGCGGGACCUGGCGGCCUGGUGCUACCCCUGCGGGGGCUACGUCACCCACCCGGUGCUGCUCCCCACCAAGACCUUCAUCUACCACCUCAAAUUCGGCACUGACCCCCCCACCGCCUCCUUCUGAGCCCCUGCCCCACCCCAGGAUACCCCUCCCCCCACUCUUAAAGGGCUACACACGUGCCAUUCCCCCCCCCCCCAUCACCAGCACCCUGGGACCCCCAAACCCCCCCUGGGCCAAAGGCUGGGCCAGACCCAGGGACGGGGGGAGGGGCAGAGGGGGGGACACCACCCCCCCCAAUCACCGUGGGGGGGCCCCAGGCGCAGCCGGGGCACACGGGGGGACCCCAGUUUUGUAUCCCACUCCCCUUUUUUUGAGAGUUUUAUAAAUCCCCUUUGUUAUGCCGAAACACCAAUAAAGAGACUGGGUGAGA